AUCUGCUACUGUUUCUGGCUGUUCUGGCUGUUUGCCGGACUUGAUGCGUCUCCCAAACCUCUGCUCAUCGGAAACAUGCCUAGCCCUGGCAUUGCUUUUUGCAUCAUGCACUGCCCCUGAUUCACUUCAGAAAUACUCCAGGAACAAUAAUGACCGUCGAUCUAAAGCAUACUUCCCACUUCCAUUUCUGCGGUUACUGACUAUGGCCACAUCAAUCAUUCAUGGCACCAGAAUACGCAUGCAGAUCAAAUCGGACUCCAUACCAUUGGAAUAGAAGCACUGGACUCCUCCCAGCUGCCCUAAGACAGCAAAACAAUGCCAUACCCAAAGAUCAAAGUCAACAAGACAAC